CUGUGGUAGGGACAAGUGCCAAAACUUAGACCCUCUCCCCUUUUGAACGCCUUACGUGAUAUAUAGACAGCCCCUCAGCCAGUUACCCAACUCUGGUUCCUGCUGGGCACUUUCUGUGUCACUUCAAUGCCCGGACAAUCAUAAAAAAAAGUAGUGCUUAAUAGUUUUUUAAGUGCAGUUCCUUUUUGGGGGUGAGAAAAUAGAUGCAAGUGGACAGCAGGUGAUGUAGAAGAAUGCAAGGAAGAGAACUCUGUCAGAACCAGUCAAUUCUGAGACAGUAGCAAAACAAGAAGCGUAGCCGAAGCAUAUAACUUGAUGUCAGCCAAGAAACAAGAAUAAAUAAUCGUCACGGUUGAGGGCUCGAAUGACAUCAAUUAUAAGAUGGAUAACACCAGAAGUGGAGCAAGUGAGAAAAGUCAUAAAAUGAACGAUUUUGUUCACUCACCGACACAUUUUCCAACCAUUGAUUGGCAUCUUGAAACUCCAUGGGAAGAUUCAAACUUCCAAAUAGGAAUCUUGGUCCCCUACGACAGAUUACCUCACAUUGUGGAAACCACAACCCGCCUCAAUAAAAUACGAGAAGAAAUGAAAACCCUCUCCGAAGAGGAGAAACGAAUUAUGAUCGAACUAGAAGAAGAUUCUAAACAGGAAAUAGAAGAUCUGAAAUCACGCCUAGUUGAAGAAACAAACAAAAAAACCGUGCUGCAACAGAAAGUAACAGAAUUGCUGGAUGAAAACGCCAGAUUACAAGUACUUGUAUCUCAUCAAUCUACGGAAGGUGCCCCAACAGAAACAUGUGAGCUGCAAGAAAAUGAUAUGACAGUUCAAAAAUUAGAAUCUGAGAAGAAAUGGCUUCGAGAGGAGAUACAGGAUCCUUUUCCUCUGGCAACACGUGCGGAAGAGCUUGAAAACAAAUUACCAUUAUGGGAGGAAAUUAUUUCGAGUUCCUGCAGUACUGUCGCGGGAACCUUACCUUCUGGAAACGUAUCAUCCUAUCCAAAUGAGGAAGUAGAGAAUGUAGACAGAGAUGAAGAGGAAGUGAUGCCUGGGAAAUGCAAAGAAUCAAGUCCAAAUCUCCAUCGCAGCAAAUCAAUAGUAAAUGAAACGGCACCAGCGGAUCUAGAUCUCAAGAAUGAGUUCACAAACCCAGACAAUGACAAUGGACCUUCAACAGGGAUAUCAAAUGAAGUUGAAGCUGAAGAACAAGAUCUUCGGAUACGCGUAGGCAGCAGAUACAUUCUCGCUUCUGAUUCGAGAUUCUUCACAAUUGAUUGGAGCAAACAAUAUCAACACACUGGCCCUCACCUUUAUUCAUGCAAAUUGUGUGAUUUUAAUGCACCAGAACGAGUGGCAGUGAUAGACCAUACAUGGGUCAAACAUUAUGGGGGACGAUUCAACUGUCCUCAUUGUCCCAAAAAGUCCUUACAGCUCACAGUCAGAUAUCAUUUGAAGAAACACAUCAAACAAAGCCAUCCUGAUAUUGUCUGAAUUCUUCAAUUGUUUAUUCGUUAAAAUUUCCAAUCAAUUAGGGGAGGGUGGAGUAAAGUGGACACUUUAGACUUUUUUUACUUGUUCAUAACUUAGAAACAAACUUAUCAAUUGAGUUCAGUUUAGGCUCGUCACAAAGGGAAACAAUUGUUCUUUAUAUUGGAAAAAAAUGAUUAAAUUUCAUCAACAUUUCAACCCCUCAAUAACAUUUUUAAAAAAAUCAAGUGGCCGUUUUACCACAACCUCCCCUAUAAAUAAACAUGUUCGAACAUUCCAUUGUUUCUGAUUGUUUUGUAUCUAAGAUAUUGUGAAAUUUGUUUCCGUUUCGUGACUGUACGAUGCAAAAUCACUGAAUUCGAUAUUUGAUUUGUUAUUAAUUAUUUACAAUUGAAUUUAAAAAAUGCUCUCCUUAAUGUGAUAGCUUGAAUAUUCAAAUUGUUAUUCACGUUCAAGAACUUGGUUUCUUGUU